AUUCGCGCGGGUCAGUUUCCUCCUGACAAUGAUGCUGGCGAUGGCCGUCUCUGCGGUGGUGCCCGCCUCGAUCGCACUGCCCAGCCUCGUCGGGCUGCUGCUCGUGCUCGCCGCCGUACUGCUCGUGCAAAGAGUCGUGCUGCCCCGGCGUAGGUUCACUCUGGCCAUGGCCAGGGUGCCCGGCCCGCCGGCGCUGCCCGUGCUUGGCAACUCGCUCAUCCUCACCGGCGGACAGGACGAAUUCUUCCGUCUGCUGCAAGAUUGCGCCAGAGAGUACGGAGAGAUGUUCGUCAUCUGGGUCGGCCUUCGUCCCUUUGUUUUCGUGCAAAGUGCCGAGGCGUGUCAGCCCUUGCUCAACUCGUCGCAGCACAUUGACAAGAGCUACGAGUACCGAUUUCUAAAUGACUGGGUCGGCACAGGACUCAUCACCAGUUCAGGUUUAAAAUGGCACAGUCGACGAAAGCUUUUGACUCCGUCUUUCCACAACAAAGUGAUGGAAGACUUCGCCUUGACGUCGCAAACAAGUGUCAACACUUUUAUCGAGAUUUUGGGCAAGCAGCAAGGAGUUUUUGAUGUACUGCCGUUUGCGAAAUUGUGCACACUGGACAUAAUUUGCGACACUGUCAUGGGCCAUCACAUGGACUUCCAGCGCAACUCGAACGCGGACUAUGUCGAGGCGAUAGCGGAGAUCAGCGGCAUUAUGCAAAGACGGUUUAUCACACCCUGGCUCAAGCCUGACUCGCUGUUCAACAUUUCACCCCUCGGGAUGAAACAGCGAAAAUGCGUCAAAACUAUCCAUAAAUACGUCGACAAUAUAAUUGAGAUGCGCGAAAAGGAGUUGCAAAAGCGGGCGCACAUGAAUGGAAACGUGGAUAUUGAGUGCGAGCCUUUAGGGGGCAAAGCCAGAAAGCAUCGCAUCGCAUUACUCGAUUUGCUGCUGGAGAUGCGCAAGGAUGGCUUAAGCGAUGAGGAUAUUCGCGAGGAGGCCAAUACCUUCAUGUUCGCCGGCCACGACACAUCGGCGACUGCGGUUAGCUGGUGCCUUUACGUGCUCGGCAAACAUCCCGACGUGCAGGAUAGAAUUGUGGAGGAGGUGAACAGCGUGAAAUCCGAGACGCCAGACGGCAUCCUCAACUUUCAAGCCACACAGAAAUUGCACUAUCUGGACUGCUGCAUUAAAGAGGUGAUGCGGCUCUACCCAGUUGUACCUUUAAUUGCCCGAGACCUCCAAAGCCCACUGCAAAUUGGUGACCAUUUGCUCCCAACGGGCGUGACAAUACUCAUGAAUCUCUACUUGCUGCACCGCGAUCCGCGCCAAUUCCCAGAGCCAGACAAAUUUAUUCCCGAACGCUUCGCAAGUGAUGAGAGUGCGACGAGAAAUCCGUUUGCGUACAUUCCGUUCAGCGCUGGUUCGAGAAAUUGCAUUGGGCAACGAUUCGCGAUGAUGAAGCUGAAGAUAAUGAUGUCAGAAAUAUUAUGCAACUUCAGAGUGCAGUCUCCUGUUCCCGAGAGUGAUCUCAACCUGCUAGGCGAACUUGUCCUGGUUAACACAGACGGAAUUAAUAUUUCCCUGUCCGCUCGGUAAAAUUGCACGUAGUGUAGUACUGAGGAGAUAUUGAAUCAGCAUAAAAUGGUGGUGCAUUUAAAAUAAUUAACCAAGGCCUUAGAGGACAACAGACUUUAUUUUAUAAAUGUUGUGACGGUAAUAAAGAGCAUAAUACUUUGCAUUUAUCAGCAA